AUGCCACCCCGACAAUCCUCCCGCUCAAGUCCAUCACUCCUUUCUCUAUCCGAGAUUAUCAACCUCGAACCAGAGGAAGAGCCCUGGUGUGCUGGCUAUGCCCCUUCACAGCGCCGUCGCUGUCAUGCGCGGACCAAUGCACGCGGCCGCAGGUCAGCAAUGGUGUUGCUCGAUAAGGGCACCGAGAGGCUUCACGCCGGUCUGAGUAUCGAUACUCUGCUGGAAGAUCUGGCCCCUCAUGUCCUAUGCACACGGUUUCAUCAGAACCAAGCGUCGGAAUUGUCAUCUCGCUUUAAACGCAAAGUCCGUACAUAUCUCGAAUCACAGACCCCGACGACGCCAUCAUCGAGAACAGCGAGUCUCUCAUCUCAAACCCACACUGUGAGAAGUACCGGUACAGAGAGAGGAGAAAGGGCAGCUCUUCUGCGGAAACUUCGUGAAACAUUGGAUGAGCUGCGACGCCUUGAGGAUGCCGAAUAUGACCGACAACAUGAUUCAAGAUCUUCUAGUCGUCGUGAGAUUGAAAGUCUAAGCAGGACGGUCAGUCCAAGAACCUCGGAAAGUCCACCAAGAAGACAGAUAUCACAAGAACCUCGUGUUGCCAGAGGAGUGGAGAGACGCCCCACAGAAUAUUCCGUCUUCUCGUUGACAGCUACUGUGCCUGCGGUGACCCAAGCUCGAUUCAAUUUCACCAGAACCGAGGGGACUUUGAGGCAAGCACAAGAAAGCCCAUCAACAGUGGCUCGGGUCUCUAGCCGCACCCAGCCCCAUAGCAACGUGGGGAUAAAGCCGCGAGUUACCCGUCGUGAGAUUGAAGGAGCUUGUGGAAUUUGCCUGUGUGACCUGCAUAUUUCAAAUGAAGAUCAGCACACGAGCGAGGCUGACGCGGAAACGGAACAUGAUACCGACGAUGGCCAAGAUGGCAAUAAUGAGGACCAUGGUGAUGGUGAUGAGCAACACGAAGAGGAAUUGACUUGGUGCAAGGCACGAUGUGGAGUGAACUUCCACAAACAAUGCAUGGAUCAAUGGUUAGCGCGGGCGCGCACGUGUCCAACGUGUAGGAGCAAGUGGGAACAUACGCAUUCGGUAUAA